AUGUUGCUCAACAUCAAUGAAGAUGAGAACCUCACUCGCAUGGAACGAGGCGAGCUGUACUACGCUUUCUCUCCUAGACUUGUAGCCGGUCGUCGGCGAUGCGGUCAGGCUGUUGGGCGGCUCAACAGGGCGGAGGAUCCGAGUCGCCGGCAAAUCGCAGAACUUUGGAAGGAGCAACCUCUGCCUCCUGUGGCUCCCACCGAAGAGGAAGAAGACGCCAUUCUACAUGAGUAUCCCUGGAUAGAACGACCCAUCUUCAUUGACUAUGGAACGAAUAUCAAAGUGGGGAGCAACGUCUUCAUUAACUACAACUGCUCCUUCAUCGACACCUGCACCGUGUCGAUUGGUUCGCGCACCCUUAUUGGCCCCAACGUCUCCUUCUAUAGCGGCACUCAUCCCCUCGAACCAGACCUGCGAAAUGGCACCAACGGACCGGAGCUCGGUGCUCCUAUCACGAUCGGCCAGGAUUGCUGGCUAGCUGGACAUGUUAUCAUCCUCCCAGGCGUGACUGUGGGCGAUGGAUGCACCAUUGGGGCCGGAAGUGUGGAUAUCCCGCCGUACCACGUCGCAGCAGGUAACCCUGCCAGGAUUCUCCGCAAGAUUGAGCGCAAUUCCAAAGCAAAGAUGGAGUCAGUGGAGGGUCUGAAGAAGCCAGUGGCGGAAGCAGCACACAACACCCAGGGAACGAAAUAA